UUAUAAACAUUGUCAUCACAGUUAAAACAUAAACUUGUCAUGAAACCUAGAUAAUUCAUGUGAGGUGCCUUUACAUAGCUAGGCCUUGUUAAGUGUAACAAAACAAGCAAAAAAUAAUGGGUCGGUUAUAACUUAUAUCUGCUAAUUACACCAAAGGUUUUGUCAGAAAUUUACGUCCAACAAUAAGCACCAAAUUUAAGGCGUAGAACCAACACCACCCAUCUCCAUAUUCCAGUCCAACUGAAUCAGCACCCACCACCAAUCCUCAUUAAUUAAUAGCAACAACACACGCUUUGAUUUUUUCAACCCACAUGCCUGAUCCCGUGCCUCUUUCUCUCCACCAUCAAAAUCUCAUCUCUUAUAUUUCUUUCUGGAACUACCCUUUAUUUGUUUCUUUUGUCUCAAGCAUCUUAGAGAGACAGAGAGACAGAGAGACAGAGAAGAGUAAGAAGUGCAGAGAACAAGGCCAUGGCGGCCUGUGGAAGCCUCCAACACAUCUUUGAAAACCCUAAAUUACCUGAGAACCCAACAACACUUCUUGAAUCCUUCUCCUCACCAUGGAACCAAAUCAAGCCUCUAAAUAAAUCAUUAUCCAUUCCUCCUGAGAAUUCAUCAUCCUUCACUGAGAUCUUUGGUGAGCUUCAUUUCAAAGAGAACAUCAGUUCUCAUUUGAUGUCCUCCUCAUCUUCAUCCCCAUCUUUGGUAGAUUUUGAUGUUCCACAACCCAAGAUUGAAAAAGAAGAAGAAUCCAAUAUUGACAACAAGAAUGAGGAGGAGAAUAAUUACCAGAAAAUCCCAUCAAAGGAAUCCUUUCCAAGCUCCCCAAGGAGUUCCAAUUACAACAGGUCUCAUAAAAGCAGUGAUAGCUUUUCAUCAAUGAAUUCAGAGAGCUUGCAGUUCUGCACAGAGGGACUUGGAUUUGAAAGCUCAGAUGAGGUUGAGGACUUGAUCAAGACUAGUGAUCAAGAUAAUUGGCAGAGUAGUAUGCAAGAGGAGAAGGUUAGCUUUGCAAAGCAAUAUUUUCCAAUAUCAGAAAUGAAUGGUUGUGGUGGUGAAUCUAGGAGGUCAAGGACUAGUGUUGGGGGAUUUCCUCCACCAAUUUCUUGCAUAAGCAAGAGCGGGAAGCCUUGGGUUUGCUUCAAGUCUUACAGGCAGGAUGGCAGAUUUGUCCUCAAGGAGAUCAGAAUUCCCACCCAGGAGUUCCUCCACGCUUACAGAGAAGACGGGCGUCUCAAGCUGCACUUUGUCAUGCCCGACGACGAAAUUCUAGAUGAGGAAAAUGAGGAAGAUGAUGAUGUAUUAGAGGAUGAGGAAGAAAAAGAGGAAAUUGAAGAUGAUGAUGACCACCAAGAUCAUCUACAUGCAGAUGAUGCUAAUGGAAUAAAUGAGGGAAAUGAGCCCAAGACAACAAAUGAUGAGGUACUGUGAGGUUGUUUGUUUUAGGUAGGAAAAAUUUCACUUGGAGUGUCUAAAGUGAUUAACUUGUUAGCGUGUCAGUAAGGCUUUCAGUUUCUGUCAUUAAUUCCUCCCAAUAUGCAGGUUUUUCUUUUAUUAUUGGUAAGGAAUAUGCAAAUAAUUUUAGAUAAAAGAAAACAAAAAUGGCUUUGACUAUGCCAUUCUGAGAUGAUCUCUUUUUCUGCUUACCCCUAGCAAUGAAUUAGCCAGUUGUGCUUAUAUAC